CCCGGCGCCGCCGCGACCCGGAAGCGGUGGUCCUCGGCGGCGGCGGCGGCGGCGGCGGGACAUGGCGGGCACGGCGCUCAAGAGGCUGAUGGCCGAGUACAAGCAGUUGACGCUGAAUCCUCCGGAAGGAAUUGUGGCAGGCCCCAUGAAUGAAGAGAAUUUUUUUGAGUGGGAGGCGUUGAUCAUGGGCCCUGAAGACACCUGCUUUGAGUUUGGAGUUUUUCCUGCCAUCCUGAGUUUCCCACUGGACUAUCCGCUGAGUCCUCCCAAGAUGAGGUUCACCUGUGAGAUGUUCCACCCCAACAUUUACCCCGAUGGGAGAGUCUGCAUCUCCAUCCUGCACGCGCCCGGCGACGACCCCAUGGGCUACGAGAGCAGCGCGGAGCGGUGGAGCCCCGUGCAGAGCGUGGAGAAGAUCCUGCUGUCGGUGGUGAGCAUGCUGGCAGAGCCCAACGACGAGAGUGGAGCUAACGUGGAUGCUUCCAAAAUGUGGCGGGAUGACCGGGAGCAGUUUUACAGGAUUGCCAAACAGAUCGUACAGAAGUCUCUGGGGCUCUGAGACACGUGGGGCCCCACGCACGUGCAGACACGCAGGCCCCGUGGCACCGUCCGGCGCUCUGCUCCGGAACCGCGCUGGCUCCCCAGACAGGCAGCCCUCGCUUCCUCCCCCUCCCCGCCCGGCUUCUCCACUGCAGGGCGACUUGUGUACAUCAUGACACGCAGCCUGCUGCUCUCCCACAGUGUUCCUCCUUGAGGGCUUGGGGAGGUCACCCAGGCCGCCAUCGCUACCUCUCCCGGCCCGCCCGCAGGGUGGCCGGCUCCCGGCUCCCUCCGCGGCUUGGCGCUGUGCCCCGCGGCUCCUCCGCCCUGGAGCUCUGAGAGCCUCAUCUUCAGGUCACGUGCUAAAGAGAGACACGCUCCUUUCAGGAUUCCUUGCAGCAGGCAGGGCUGUGGGCUCUGUGGGCCCCCGUUGUCCCCUCUGGGGUCCCCUGUGCCCCCACGAAGCCUUUCUCCUUUGGUGUUUUACACGCAGAGCUUGUUCACAGCCCGGUUAGAGUGCUGUGUGGAUUGCACACCAUCACUGAGUAUUUUCGACUCGUGAGAGAUGGGGUGGAAGGCUGUGGGUGGCCACCGACCGAGACGGAAGCUUCUCCAGGCUGCGUGUGCGGAGCUCGCAGACCCGAGGCGCUGCACCCUGCGCUGCACACGGGGGAGCCGUGGGCCCCGUCACCCCUCCUGCCGUGGGCGGGACCCGGUAAGGAAGUGGCCGGGGCCCUGCGCCCCACCCAGGCCAGGGGAGCACCUUCGGUGGCCUGGGACGUGGGUGGACGGCGCCAGCCGCAGACCAGGCCGAGCAGCAGCAGAUCUGCUCGGUCCCUCCCACGCACAUGAUGUGAAAUGGUAUUUCUUUAUUUUUAAAAUAAGGCACAGUCUGAGACCGGCAGUAAGCUUUCCUCCACAGAAUCCUUUCUCCCUGUGUCCCGUGAGUCCCCUUGUAUACCAAAACCUCACGAUUUGUGGUGUUAAUCCUUGGUUCGGGGCUCCAUAGUCAGCCUCUCAGAAGACAAGUUGAGUGUGGCUUACGUUUGGAAGGGCAGAGAGCAAAGAUGUUGAACCAGAAUAGUAUUUGCAGACACAAACAAGAUGCCCCUCUGGAAAGUAGAAGAGCAACCGGCAGUGCUCCCGUGUGCAGGCCUCCACCUCCGUGGCAGUGCUCCCGUGUGCGGGCUCCACCUCCGUGGCAGUGCUCCCGUGUGUGGGCCUCCACCUCCGUGGCAGUGCUCCCGUGUGCGGGCUCCACCUCCGUGGCAGUGCUCCCGUGUGUGGGUCUCCACCUCCGUGGCAGUGCUCCCGUGUGUGGGUCUCCACCUCCGUGGCAGUGCUCCUGUGUGUGGGUCUCCACCUCCGUGGCAGUGCUCCCGUGUGCGGGCUCCACCUCCGUGGCAGUGCUCCCGUGUGUGGGUCUCCACCUCCGUGGUAGCGGUCCCAUGUGUGGGUCUCCACCUCCGUGGCAGCGCUUCCGUGUGCGGGCCUCCACCUCCGUGGCAGCGCUUCCGUGUGAGGGUCUCCACCUCCGUGGCAGCGCUUCCGUGUGCGGGCCUCCACCUCCGUGGCAGCGCUUCCGUGUGAGGGUCUCCACCUCCGUGGCAGCGGCCCCAUGUGCGGGCCUCCCAUGGCACGUGAUCCCUGUAGGUCUCCCUCUCUGGCAGUGGCUGCCCACAGCACACGUGAUCCCCGUGGGCCUCCGCUGAGGUUGAGGGAGUGAGGCCGUCUCCACACACCCAAGCGUUUUUAUUCGUUUGCAUUUAUUAAAUUUAAAGAGAAAGUCCUAUUGCACCUCUCUUCUACAGUGGAAGUGAACUACUGUAUCAAAAAAUAAAGUUGUGUAUUUCCCCUCUG